AUGGACAUGCCGUACCUGAUCCUGGAGAAGCAGUUCAGCCCCAUGGGGGUGCGAACCCGGGCCGUGACUGUCUCUGCCCUGGUAUAUUGCAUCCAGCUUCCCCCGGCAAGAUGUGAGGAGAACUGUGUGAAUCCUGAACAUUGCCUGACCACAGAUUGGGUGCAUCUCUGGUACAUAUGGUUGCUGGUGGUAAUUGGAGCACUGCUUCUUCUGUGCGGCCUGACUUCUGCGUGCUUCCGCUGCUGUCUGAGUCGCCAGCAAAAUGGGGAAGAUGAGGGCCGGCCUCCCUAUGAAGUGACAGUCAUAGCUUUUGAUCAUGAUAGCACUCUCCAGAGCACUAUCACUUCCCUGCAGUCAAUAUUUGGCCCUGCAGCUCGAAGAAUCCUGGCUGUGGCUCACUCCCACAGCCCCCUCGGCCAAUUGCCCUCCUCUUUGGACACCCUCCCAGGGUAUGAAGAAGCUCUUCACAUGAGUCGCUUCACCGUUGCAAGGUGUGGACAGAAAGCACCUGAUCUACCCCCAGUGCCAGAAGAGAAGCAGGUGCCCCCAUUGGACGAGUCUCCUCGAGUGGAACACUCUUCAAACUGAUGGGAAUUCUGGUUUUAUAAAUGGGGUGGGGGUUUCUCCAGAGUUGCUACAGACAGACAAAUGAAACUUUUUUCCCCCA